CACCAAGCUAGAGGACCGGUUUAUUGCAUGCGAGGUUAGGUAACAGAUCAUAGUGUAGUGAGUGAGUGCAUUGAAUGUUUCAAGUUAAUUGAAAACAAUAAUCUAAGAUGCAUUGGUUGACGGGCUGUGUGGUUCUAUGGGCAUCUCUAACAGGAGUGUUUGGGGCUCGUAUCCUAGCAGUGCUGCCAUUCCCCGGCAAAAGUCACUUUAUCUUCUCCUCCGCAAUUAUCAGAGCUCUGACAGAGCGGGGCCAUGAGGUGGUGGAGUACGGCCCCUUCCCCCCCGCCAAGCCAAUACCUAACUACACCCAUGUGGAGAUACACACUGCCUUUGAGGAGAUAUUGAAAAAUUGGUCCUACGAAACUUUCAUAUACCUUACACAAAAAGAUCAACCAACUUUUGGGGUAGGCUUCAGUGCUGUUUGGGAAAUGACAAAUCAGAUUUGUGAGCAGACAUUCCAGCACGAAAAUAUCAAACGUCUUUUAAACUCAAAAGAACAUUUUGACCUUGUCAUAACCGAAUCGACCUUCGGACAAGAAUCCAUGUUGGUUUUUGGCCACAAAUUCAACGCCCCGACGAUUACAGUUCAAGGCUUUGGGUUGUCAUGUCUUAUUAAUCGAGUUGCGGGGAACUCAUUGCCUAUAGCCUCUAUUCCUGAUUUUGCAACAACCGCGAUGACUCAGCCUAUGACCUUUAAGGAGCGGGCUAACAACUUAAUGGGUGUUACUUUGGCGUUGUAUCAGUUCUACAAUUAUCAUCUGCCCAAUCACCAGAAGAUCAUCAACAAGUAUUACCCUGGUGAUGCUCCGUGUGUUCAACAGCUGGUUACAAACGUGUCUCUCUACUUUACCAACUCUCAUCCAGGUGUUGAGUAUACUCAACCCUACACUCCCAACAUUGUGCCUGUUGCUGGCAUCACCUUGACUGAGGAUAGAUCGCCUUUGCCACAGAUUGUGCUAGUGAUGCAUUGGUUGACGGGCUGUGUGGUUCUAUGGGCAUCUCUAACAGGAGUGUUUGGGGCUCGUAUCCUAGCAGUGCUGCCAUUCCCCGGCAAAAGUCACUUUAUCUUCUCCUCCGCAAUUAUCAGAGCUCUGACAGAGCGGGGCCAUGAGGUGGUGGAGUACGGCCCCUUCCCCCCCGCCAAGCCAAUACCUAACUACACCCAUGUGGAGAUACACACUGCCUUUGAGGAGAUAUUGAAAAAUUGGUCCUACGAAACUUUCAUAUACCUUACACAAAAAGAUCAACCAACUUUUGGGGUAGGCUUCAGUGCUGUUUGGGAAAUGACAAAUCAGAUUUGUGAGCAGACAUUCCAGCACGAAAAUAUCAAACGUCUUUUAAACUCAAAAGAACAUUUUGACCUUGUCAUAACCGAAUCGACCUUCGGACAAGAAUCCAUGUUGGUUUUUGGCCACAAAUUCAACGCCCCGACGAUUACAGUUCAAGGCUUUGGGUUGUCAUGUCUUAUUAAUCGAGUUGCGGGGAACUCAUUGCCUAUAGCCUCUAUUCCUGAUUUUGCAACAACCGCGAUGACUCAGCCUAUGACCUUUAAGGAGCGGGCUAACAACUUAAUGGGUGUUACUUUGGCGUUGUAUCAGUUCUACAAUUAUCAUCUGCCCAAUCACCAGAAGAUCAUCAACAAGUAUUACCCUGGUGAUGCUCCGUGUGUUCAACAGCUGGUUACAAACGUGUCUCUCUACUUUACCAACUCUCAUCCAGGUGUUGAGUAUACUCAACCCUACACUCCCAACAUUGUGCCUGUUGCUGGCAUCACCUUGACUGAGGAUAGAUCGCCUUUGCCACAGGAUAUACAAAAGUUUAUGGAUGGUGCAAAAGAAGGAGUUAUAUACUUUAGCUUUGGAACUGUUGUUCCAUUACACCUUUUCCCCAAGGAAGUGCUUGAGAAAUUUACCAAUGUAUUUAAGAAGAUGAAACAAAGAGUGAUUUGGAAGAUUGAACUUGACAACAUUCCUAAUUUACCAAAUAAUGUGAUGCUCAAAAAGUGGGUCCCCCAACCGGGGGUUUUGGCGCAUCCCAACUUAGCUCUGUUCCUGACCCACGGCGGCCUCAACAGUCAGUUGGAGGCCAUGAACGCAGGAGUGCCAACCAUAGGGAUUCCGUUCUUUGGCGACCAGUUGUACAACAUCCAUGUUAACGAGUAUUACCACAUAGGGGUCAAAGUAGACUUCAAAACUCUGUCGGAGGAAUCCCUGCUUUCAGCCUUCACUAAAGUGUUGAAUGAUAAGAGGUACAAGCAGAAUGCGCAGAGGAUGUCCCGCAUAUUCCGUGACAGACCGGUGUCGCCCGCAGACUCUGUCGUGUUCUGGACAGAGUACUUGACGAGACAUGCAGGAGCGCGUCAUCUACAGCCUGUUGCCGCUCAGCUGCCCUGGUACCAGCUGUGGCUGGUGGACAUUGUUGCAGCUGUAUUGGCAGUUGUGGUAGUCUUUUACUUAGUAAUUAGGAAAGUCCUGUCUCUUUUGUUUGGUAGACGGACUGUUGCAAAGAGUAAGAAGAAUAAUUAGUUUAUGUAGAGUACUUGUAGAGUAAUGUUAGCUGUUUUUUACUGUUAUCUUUUUUAUUCAGUUUAUUAAACUAAACCAUUUUUGUCAAACCUCUGAAACUAGUUGAUAAGAUUCCUCGGAAUCCAACUAUCAACUUUUGGACACCAAAAUAGAGAUAAUUUCAAUAUGGA